UCAGGCAUCUUCAAUAUGAGAGCUCUGAUACCUGUUCUAUUCGUUUCCUUCGUGUGCUUCGCCUCGGCGAAAUAUGAGGGGUACCAAGUCUGGAGGAUUAAACCAACGACGGAGAAUCAAAUGAGAUGGCUGAGUUACAUCGAAGAAAAUAUGGGCGAAGAGUUUGACUUUUGGACCGGCGUUACGAGAAUUCCCGGCCACCCUGUUGACGUAAUGGUACAGCCCAACAGUCAGGACACUCUACGCAUGCUCCUGAAGCAGGAGAAGUUGGACUUUGACAUUAUGAUUGAUGACGUCAACACACUGGUAUCCAAUCAAAUGGCUGAGAUUCUUGCGAGGCAAGAAGGAGAGCAGUCCAUUGGUACACGUUUAGCCAACUUUGACUACAAUGUUUAUCACACUUAUGAAGAGAUCCAGGAGUGGGUUGAUUACAUGGUAGAUAAAUACAGCGCGACCCUGCAGAUUUCUUCAUUCCUGCUCGGAAACUCCUACGAAGGACGAACCAUCCAAGGCAUAAAGAUUCGAGGAGCUGGAAGCCAAUCAACAAACCCUCCAGCUGUCUGGUUUGAGGGUGGUAUUCAUGCUCGAGAAUGGGUUUCACCAGCUACUGUCAUGGGAUUCACUCAGAAGGUAGAUAAAGAAGAUAGGGUUGGUAUUCACGCUCGAGAAUGGGUCUCACCAGCUACUGUCAUGGGAUUCACUCAAAAGCUUAUUGACGAAUAUGAAGAAGGGGAUCCGCUUGUCCAAAGGAUGUUUGACAAUAUCGACUGGUACAUCGUCCCUUCUCUGAAUGUUGACGGGUACCAUCAUACGUGGACCCAGGACCGUAUGUGGCGCAAGACUCGAUCACCAAACAAAGCAUCAGUCUGCAAAGGAACGGACCCUAACAGAAACUGGCCCUAUGAGUGGGGAGGCGUAGGAGCUAGCAGUUCCCCAUGCUCUGAAACCUACCGCGGGUCUCAGGCUCUCUCCGAGGUCGAAGUGGCAAACGUCGUCAACUUCUUACGGGAGAGGAAGGCGGAGGGACAGGACUUCCUGGUGUUCAUUGACUGGCACAGUUACUCGCAGCUGAUCAUCGCACCGUGGUCGUAUCUCGAGUCUAAUGCUCGCACCGAACACUACGAUGAACAGAUGGCGAUGGCUGCAGCAAUGGCCGACGCCAUUAGAGACACACAUGGAAAACGGUACGAUCAUGGAGUUGGCGCCGAAAUUCUCUAUGCAUCCUCAGGCUCGAGUAAGGACUAUGGCUACGCCACGUUUGAACUUGGGGGCGCCAUCACCAACGGGGGGCUCGGGGCCAAGUAUUCCUACACGGUGGAGCUUCGUGACACGGGCAGAUACGGGUUUACACUCCCCGAGAACCAGAUACAGCCCACCUACGAAGAGAUACACGCCGCCGUGCGAGUUAUCGGUGACCGUGUACUCAGCGAGCUUGGCUUGUAAAAGUGCUUGGGUUUUAAACUGAACCAUAGCUUUUGAUCAAGAAAUAAAACAUCUGACGUUAGUUAAUAUGAUUUUAUGAUUGAUUUUAUCAUUAAAGGCAGAUACACA